AAAUGGCUCACAUGUUUCGUGCCAAAGGGAGUCACAUAGGGUAUAAGUAGCAGCCAUUUGAGGCACGCGGUAUCAGACGCAGUGUGACUGUGAUUCCUGAAUCAUUGUAAGUCUGAGCUAAGCGAGAGUUUUAACCAGACUUAUCGAACAGCAUAAACGAUGAAGAUAUCAAAACUCUGGAGUACAGUGUUUCUACAUGUUUUUCUAUUGGCGCUCGCGGGAUGUCAAGAAACAGAGUCCAUUGUCGCAGUCGAUGGAAUAUACCUGGAUGAAAUUUGUAAUCAAACGGAAAACGGAAUAAGCAUUAAUUUUGAAAGCAUGGGAUUAAAUUCGCUCCGCUCGAAAUUUUUAUCAAGUUCGCACGUCAUUGCGUUGAAUUUAAGAGGAAAUGGUAUAUCAACCAUAGCACGCGAUGCUUUCGCGCGGUUACCAAAUCUUUGCUACCUUGAUUUAUCAUUGAAUCCUUCAGUACAAGAUGUAAUAUAUGCUAAUUUUCCUGUGAAACUAAAAGUAUUGGUUCUGGAUUCCACUGUUCAAAAUUACGACGGUUAUCGUUCUUAUGAUUCUGGAGAAUGGCCAACGAUCUCUCGUGUAUAUCCAGAAGUAAAGUAUUUAUAUUUACGAUCUAACAAGUUAUCCAAAUUUAACUAUCGUUGGAAAUUGCUAUUUCCUAACGUCACACAUUUAUUUCUUUCACAUAACAAUUUUCACGAGGAAUCAAUAUCCUCUAUUCCAGAGUCUGUUACACACCUGUAUCUAGAAAACAAUAAUAUUAAAACUUUUCGUAUACAAGAUUUUCCAAACGUUGUAUCUUUAGCAUUGGAUGGGAACAAUAUUGAAUAUAUUAAUUCUAAUUACAACAAUCCGUUUGCACGCGAUGGAAACAAUUUAGAAAUAUUGUCUCUAGGGAAUAUCAACAUUAGGAAAAUACACCCGGAUGCAUUUAGUUAUAUGAAUAAUCUAAAAAGUCUGAAUUUGUCACACAAUCAAAUAAGUGACUUAGACACCAAAAUCUUUUCACGUACACUACACUUAGAGACUCUGUUUUUAAAUCAUAACGAACUAAGUACAAUUCCUGAUGUAUGCGGUCUUCCACAACUUGAAAGUCUCUCUUUACAAUAUAAUAAAAUAAGAUCCGUGAGCGCAAAUACCUUCUGUGACACGAUGACAUUGAAGUAUCUUAACUUAGCUGGUAAUCAAAUAUCCAACCUACAAUUCGAUAAAUUCGAGAAUCUAAAGAGGCUGGAAGUAUUAGAUCUUUCGCACAAUAUUCUCCAUGAGCUGUCAGCAGACUGGAAUUUAUCACUGAACCUUCUUACCGAUCUUCAUUUAAACGAAAAUUAUUUCGAAGAUUUGGAUCAUCUCUAUUUGAACAACACUUCUGCUCUACAAAAUUUAUAUUUGUUGAACAAUCCUAUAAAAACGUUAAAUACUGAUUCAUUGCGUCACAUAAAAAACUUAAACUUGCAUCUUUCAUAUGGUGUGAAAUGCGACAAUAUCUUAUCAUAAAGUUCUUAAAGAAUUUUCUAGGAAUAGGAAUUUUAAUAAUAAGUAUAACUGAUAACAUUAAUUCAAAGUCGAACUUAAAGUCCAACUAUGUAUAUCUUAUAAAAUGCUUUACAUUGUUCUCUUAUGUGUAAUUUUAUAUACAUUGAAGAAAUGCAUUAGCGUUGAAUAAUUUUUUGUAAUAACUGCAUUAUUGUGAUUGCCGGAAGGCGUAUACAAUAUCUCAAUAAAAAAUGGUGGCCUAAAAAUA